CAAAAUGACGACGAUGGAAGAAGUUGUCAUACAAGAGUUGGAGAAAAACUCGAGCAUACCAGAUACCGGUAUAUUUGCAAGGGAAAGAGGAUUGGAUCAUUCGGUUCUCGUAGAUAGUGUUCUGAAAAGUUUGAUUGGACGUGAAAUAGUGGAAGCAAAACCUAUAUCUCAUGAAUACUGGAUUGUGACAGAGGAAGGACAAGAAUAUGCUUCAAGAGGUUCUCCAGAGUUGCAAACUUUUCAGUCAAUCUGUCCUACACACGGUACUACAGUAGAAGAAAUACAAAACAAGCUUGGAACAAUUGGGAAACUGGGUAUACAACAGUGCCUAAAGAGAGGUUGGUUGAAGUUGGAUAAGGAAACCAAAAAAUUAUUCCCCCAAGUAACUCAAGUAAUGGACGAAACUGCUGAAAAACUUAGGCAGUUGGCUCUGAAUCCUCAAGCAACAGACUUGAGUUUACAGGACGUAAAGGAACUCAAGUCCAGAAAGUUAGUCCAAUCAAAGACACUUAAGACUUUUUGUGUACAAAAAGGUCGACGAUUCUCUCAGUUUCAUGAGCAAGUGGCUACGGAUCUAUCAAAGGAGAUGAUCGAAUCGGGGAGUUGGAGAAGUGCUUCCUUCAAGGAAUAUAAUUUCGAAGCUAGUGGAAAGGCAUUGACUGGAGGCUUCUUACAUCCACUUAUGAAAGUCCGGGAACAAAUACGUUACAUCUUCUUAGGAAUGGGCUUUGAAGAGAUGCCAACCAAUCAAUAUGUUGAAAGCAGUUUUUGGAAUUUUGAUGCUCUUUUUCAACCUCAACAACAUCCUGCGAGGGAUGCACAUGAUACUUUCUUUUUAUCGGAUCCUGCUUUCUCCAAACCAUGCAAGGAUCGAGAAUAUGUCCAUCGUGUUUGCAAUGUUCAUCAACAAGGUGCCUAUGGCUCGCUGGGUUAUCGUUAUCCUUGGUCAGAAAUGGAGUCUCAAAAGAAUAUUUUACGAACACAUACCACUGCAAUAUCGAGUAAAAUGUUAUAUCAUUUGGCACAAAAGGAAGAUUUUGUUCCUAAGAAGUAUUUUUCUAUUGACCGCGUAUUUCGUAAUGAAAACUUGGAUGCUACUCAUCUGGCUGAAUUUCAUCAAAUAGAAGGACUAAUUGCUGAUCGCAAUUUGACCAUUGGAGACUUGAAAGGAGUUAUUCAUUAUUUCUUUUCGCAGUAAGUAUUUGUUGGAAGUAAUGAAGUCUUUUCAGUAUUC